CUUUAUCCUGUGGGCACUGUGCUCUGCUUAUUAGAUCUUUGGGAUACAUUUUUCCCGCCGACGAGACAACACAAGACUGGAGACCUACCGAAACAGAUAAAUACUCCGUUCGUCUUUUUUCAUUGAUAUUAGAGGUUUUGUUGAUUUUCAUUAGUGUAUUUUUAGAUUUCUUAUUUGGGGUGUCAAAUUGGAACAUUAUUUAACAUUUCAAAUUGAUAUUAUUUGUGUUAGCGUUGUUUGUGGCAGUAUAAACCUAUCCCAUCUAUAACCUAAAAAGUUUGAAACAUGGCAAAAGUCCAGCUUGGAAAUGUUGUCGUAUUGGACAAUCCUUCUCCCUUUCUAAAUCCAUUUCAAUUCGAAUUGACAUUCGAGUGCAUUGAGGAGCUUAAAGAAGAUUUGGAAUGGAGGAUGAUCUACGUUGGUUCGGCUGAAAGCGAAGAACACGACCAGAUCCUAGACACAAUCUACGUUGGCCCUAUUCCCGAAGGGAGGCAUAUGUUUGUAUUCCAGGCGGAUCCACCCGACGUGUCGAAGAUUCCGGUGGCAGAUGCUUUGGGGGUGACAGUGGUGCUGCUGACCUGCAGCUAUCGCAGCCAGGAGUUUGUGAGAGUCGGCUACUUCAUCAACAACGAGUACACCGACCCCGAGCUCAGGGAGAACCCGCCCGCCCAGCCACAGUUCGAUAAGGUGAUGCGAAACAUUCUGGGUACCGAGCCGCGAGUGACAAGGUUCAAAAUCAACUGGGACGACUCGGAGACGGCAGCAGCCUCAGCCAAUCAGAUGCAAGCCGAGGCCGACGGCGAGUCGCCUCCACAACUGGUUCAAGGUCAAGUCACGUCAACUGCGGUCGGAUUCAGUGAGAACAGCUGCAGUCAGAAUGCCAUGGAGGUGAUGUAGUAGCGCAGCGCUCAUUGUAGCGCACUGGACUUUGUGUGUGUGUGCAUGCACCCUAAUAUUUGCGCCAUUUCAUUGAAAUUGGAUUGAGGGGGGGGGGGAAGUUAGAACAUUACAACGAGGGACGUGAAUAGUUGGAAGAAAAAUAAGAUUGUCUGAGAAAAUGUGAAACAUAAGAUGCCUUGGAAAAUGUGGAAUUAGAACUUUAGAAUGAGGAAGAUAAGAUUGUCUGGGAAAAUUUAAAAUUAGAACUUUACAAUGAGGGAGAUAGUUGAAGGUAAAAUAAGAUUGGACUGACAUUUUGUAAUCGAACUGGUUUGUUUCUGUUGAUGUAAAUAUAUUUCAAAAUAUUUUAUGGUAAAUAAGGUUUGAUAAGAAAAAAUGAAAAUGAUUAUUAAAUCUUUGAAAAGUACUGAAUCUUGUAUUGUUGGUUUAUCUGAAAAUAUAAACAUAACGACUGAGUAUUAUGAAUACUUUGAGUUUUCCGGUAUCGCUAAAAAGGAGACAAUGAACGCGCUAGUCCAAAUGUACCAUAGAACGUAACUUGAUGAAUGAUUCCUUGCAAGAAGAUUCACUUGAGAUUGAAGAUUGUAAAACUUUAAUCUGGUUGCUAGACUGGUUAAGCCAAUACCAUUGAAUAAGCAUACAGGAAUUCAGUGUAUGCUUUCUCUAUGCCAAUACCAAGGAUAUUCUUGCAGUAAAAGGUUGGGCUGCUCUCCGGUGGAGUCUCCAUUUCAGCGAACUUUGAUCCGAUCAAUUUCGUUAUAAUUUUUUAGUAGUUUCAGGUGAUACUAGGCCACAAAAUAAGUAGUUAGAUAAGCAGAAUAAUUUUAUGAAGAUACUUUUCUGUAGGAUUAUUUAUGUUGUUUCAUUAGCCAGAUGUGUCUAACCGUGUUUUGUUGUCUUCAUGUAUAUCUCUUCGCCUUGAAUUAUAUAAAACUAUUCUUUUCAAAUAUU